AUGCAAAUUUCCUGUAUGUCAUCCGACCUGGUUUGGAUCAGUGAUUUAAGGGAUAACAGUCUUAUUUUGACAAACACAAAAGACAACAAAGACUACAUUAGAAAACUAUCUAAAGAUAACAGAAGAAGUUCUAUAUUUAUGAAGCAAACAGAAACAUGGAAACCACGCUGUGUCUUCUGUUCCCAUUUAAAUGGAGAUAUACUGGUGGGGACAGCUACAGGCAAAGUCAACCGUUUCAAUAGCACAGGACAACACAUACAGACAAUACAAUAUAACAAUAAAGGAGGGAGACUGUUUAAGACACCUAGAUACAUCACAGAGAACCACAAUGGAGAUGUAAUUGUGUCUGACUUUCUUGAUUAUAUCCAAGGUGCAGUAGUGGUGACAGAGCGAGGGGGGAAAUAUCGUUUCUCCUACACAGGACCUUCAUCUAGUUCACGACUCGAUCCACGUGGGAUCUGUACGGACGCGAUGUCACACAUCCUGAUAUGUGAUUGGAUAACCAGCACAGUACAUAUUCUUGACAAGGACGGUACCUUCCUGUCACAGAUACAUACACAGCAACAGCAAUCGAUAUGCAAACCACGGUGCCUGAGUUAUAAUGACAAUACACACCUCCUGUGGGUUGGAUCAGACGACAACAGAGUGUGUAUAUACAAAUACAUAAACAGACAGGACUGUGGGACAGUAUCUGUUAUGAAAUGGGGUCACAAAGUGAUGUACUAUCGACCCCUAUUAGCAUUAGGGCAAUGGGAAAACUCCAGAGUGUGUGGAACCAAGAAGGAGGAACUCAAAAUCCUACAGAAAACAAAGAAAACAAAGAACAAGAUAAUGUUUAAUCCAGCUUCUUACACAUAG